AUGACGUACAUUGCGCCCCAGAUCGCGACCGACGCCCAGCAAGUCGACCCGAACGGCCAACCCCCCGCCGCGGCGGGCAAGCACCACUACAUCGAGGCCGAGAAGGCGCGGUUCCGCACGGACCGGCAAUUCCACCUGCAAUACCGCAAAGGACUGGAAUCGGCGCUCACGGCGGCGUUUCCCCUGUUUCUCAGAGGAACCAAGCAGAACGUGCAGGCAAAGGAGAUGAUGCAGGCGAGCAUGCGCGCCAAGCUGGGUCCGGGGCACGACGAGUUGGCGAAGCGCUUCAUCCCGGAAUGGUCGCCUGGGUGUCGCAGGUUGACGCCGGGCGAGGGAUACCUCGAGACGUUGACCCUGGAGCACGUGAGCGUGGUGCAUGAUGAGAUUGUGCGGUUCACCGAGACGGGCCUGGUGACGGCAUCUGGGCAGGAGUUCGAGUUCGACAUCAUCGCGUGUGCUACGGGGUUCAAUAUCGCGUAUACGCCGCACUUUCGGAUAACGGGCGUCGAGGGCGCCGUCAUGCAGGACGAAUGGAAGGAGACGCCAAACAUCUAUCUGAGUAUCGCGGCGCCGAAGUUCCCCAAUUACUUUGUCGUGAAUGGGCCGACGGGGAAUUGGGGCCAAGGGUGUGCGCUUCCUUCGCACGAGGUCCAACUCGAGUACGCUCUGCAGUGCUGUCGGAAGAUGCAAGAAGAUGGCAUCCGCGCCAUGGAACCUCGACAAGACCCGACCACCCAGAUCAACGAGCAUCUCGAUGCCUGGCACAAAAAGUACAGCGUGUGGGCCGAGGAGUGUCGGUCGUGGUACAAGGACAACAAGCCCCACGGCCGAGUGUACAUCUGGCCCGGCAGCCUGCUGCAUCAUAUGAAGGCGCUGAAGACGCCACGCUACGAACAUUAUGACCUGCGGUACCAUCAUGACAACGUCUGGGCGUUCCUGGGGAACGGAAGGACAGAUCUGGAGAUGGAGUUCGAAAAUGGCAAGCAGGUCGAUUUGGCGCCGUAUAUCCGCGACGAGGAUGUGCCUUGGAGUUUGGACCUUCCGGAGAACCUGCCGCUGCGGGAAGAAACAACGAAGGGUACUGCACCGUCGUUGGGACUCUGA